AUGGACAGACUGGAAAGAGUCCGAAUGAAGACCACAAAGAUGAACAAAGGGCUGCAGAACCUGCCACAUGAGGAUGAACUGAAGGAGUUACGUCUUUUCUCCCUGGAGAAGAGGCUCAGGGGGCACCUUAUCACAAUAUUCCACGUUAUUCCCAACUGUCAGUUCAGAUCAAAGACUGCACGCUUGAAAACCUUUACGGCAAACCAACUGGAUGAAAUUAAAGAUCCCUCUGGUCUUUUCUAUAUUCUCCCUUUUCAGAAAGGUUACUUGGUGAACUGGGAUGUCCAGAGACAGGUUUGGGAUUAUCUUUUUGGAAAAGAAAUGUAUCAAGUGGAUUUUGUAGAUACCAAUAUUAUUAUUACCGAACCUUAUUUUAACUUCAGUUCAAUACAAGAAUCCAUGAAUGAAAUUCUAUUUGAGGAAUAUCAAUUUCAGGCAGUUCUUAGAGUCAAUGCUGGAGCUCUUAGUGCGCAUAGGUAUUUCCGGGAUAAUCCAUCUGAGCUGUGUUGUAUCAUUGUGGAUAGUGGAUACUCUUUUACACACAUUGUACCUUAUUGUAGAAGUAAAAAGAAGAAAGAGGCAAUCAUCAGGAUUAAUGUUGGAGGAAAACUCUUAACUAACCAUCUAAAGGAGAUCAUCUCUUACAGGCAGCUACAUGUUAUGGAUGAAACGCAUGUAAUUAAUCAAGUGAAAGAAGAUGUGUGUUACGUUUCUCAAGACUUUUACAAGGACAUGGACAUUGCCAAAUUGAAAGGAGAGGAAAAUACUGUAAUGGUAGAUUAUGUUUUGCCAGACUUCAGCACAAUCAAAAAGGGAUUUUGUAAGCCAAGGGAAGAGAUGGUGUUAAGUGGAAAAUACAAGACUGGUGAGCAAAUACUUCGUCUAGCAAAUGAAAGAUUUGCAGUUCCAGAAAUACUCUUCCACCCUUCAGAUAUUGGUAUUCAAGAGAUGGGAAUUCCUGAAGCCAUUGUUUAUUCUAUUCAGAAUUUACCUGAAGAAAUGCAGCCUCAUUUCUUCAAGAACAUAGUUCUGACUGGGGGAAACACCCUUUUUCCAGGCUUCAGAGAUCGGGUUUAUUCUGAAGUUCGCUGUCUUACUCCAACUGAUUAUGAUGUGUCUGUUGUUCUUCCUGAAAACCCUAUUACUUAUUCUUGGGAAGGUGGGAAGCUGAUUUCUGAAAAUGAUGAUUUUGAAGACAUGGUAGUAACUAGAGAAGAUUAUGAAGAACAUGGACACAAUAUCUGUGAAGAGAAAUUUGAUAUAUAGGUAGCAUAGGGGAUACAUUGUUAUUUCAUUGUUUUACUCAGAAUGGAACUCUCAGCCUGUUUUCCCUCAGUUAGGAUUGUGUUUUAGCUUUCCUGUAUUUAAGUGGGUUGGGAAAAAGUCAUUUCCAGAGUUUAAAAAUAAAGUUUUACAAACCUAAUA